AUGGAGUCCACAAUGCAGCAGCGGCGGGAUGAGAUCCUUGCGAAGAAGGCCAAGCUCGCCGAGCUGAAGCGCCAGCGCGAACUCAGGAAGGCGGAGACGGCGAGCAGACAGUCGCUGACUGGCAGCCCCCUUGGAGAAGUCCUCUCACCAACACCAAGGCGAAGCGAAGACCUUGACCGGCGAGCCGACGUCAACACCCUCAUUAAUAGUAUUCUGGGGGAGAGCAGGCCGGGGUCGACGGGCCCUGGGUCGCCCGCCGGCGCAGGACGAGCAACGCGGCCGACGUCAGUGGUCAGCGCAAGCCAGCUGAGCAGCGAUGAAGGGUCCGCGGGCUUUCCGCCAUCGACUGGCAUGAUUGACCGCGAGAUGCAGACGCUUUCCAUCGGCCCGCUGGCCACAGUCUACGAGAUCGACGGCCAAGUCACAAACGAGGUCAAGAAGGAGAAGGAGAUUAUAACCUACAGCAAGGGCGUACAGGCAAGCAUAGAUUGGAGCCCCUCAAAGGACCGUGGCAUAGGCGGCACCGACAGCGAGCGCGACGAGAGCCCCACGCGGUCACCAAAGAGCAAGAGGCUGAGCCGGAGACAAAAGGAGCGGGACGAGGAGAUUCGCACCCAGCUGCGAAAGGAGAUUGAGGAGGAGAUCAAGGCUCUCCAGCAGGCGCCGCAGGAAGGCGCGCCACAAGCGGGAUCAGAAGAGAACUUUCCGUUCAAGACGCUGACCAACGAGGAAUUGAUGGCUGUGGAGAACUCGGAGGAAUUCAUCGGCUUUGUAGAGCGGAGCACAAAGGUCCUGGAGCGAGCCCUCGAUCAACAACUAGAAUAUGAUAUCCUCGCCGACUACGCACAGGGGGGUGUGGACGCGGAUGACUCGGAUGAGGGCUAUGGCUCAAGCGGAGGCAAGAAGGGGAGACGGAUAAAGGAAGUUGCGCAGUUCUGGGACGAGCGAUGGAGCAAGAAGAGGAUGAUUUCCGAUCUGGGCUUCUCGACAAAGUUCCCAGAGCUUGUCCUUGCCUCGUACACCAAGAACCCAUCCGCUCCCCACGACCCCGACGGCCUCGUCCAAGUGUGGAAUCUGCACAUGCACGACCGCCCUGAAUACAUAUUCCACGCUCAGUCUGAUAUCCUCACCGCAAAGUUCUCUCCGUUCCAUCCGAAUCUCAUUGUAGGCGGCGCUUAUUCGGGUCAAGUCCUGCUGUGGGAUACCCGUGCAAAGUCGGCGCCUGUACAAAAGACGCCCCUCACAGGAUCUGGCCACACACAUCCAGUCUACUCACUAGAUAUCGUCGGUACACAGAACGCAAACAACAUCAUCUCUUGCUCCACAGAUGGUGUUGUAUGUGGCUGGACAGUCGACAUGCUUUCGCAACCACAAGAGUUCCUCGAACUAACAUCACCCCCACCGGCAAAGACGGACGACAUGGCAGUAACCAGCAUUGCUUUCCCGCAGUCUGAUCCGACAUAUUUCCUUGCCGGCACAGAAGAGGGCUCCAUCUACCCUUGCCAUCGGUACGACCGUGCGGGUGCAAAGGCCGGUGUAGACGGCCGUGUGAAAUACGCUGGCCAUGCAGCGCCAGUCAUGAGCCUCGACUUUCACCCGGCAAAGGGCCAGAUCGAUCUUGGCGAUCUUGUCCUGUCAUCCAGUGUCGACUGGAGCGUCAAGCUGUGGAAAGUCCGGCCUCCGGCUGCGACAGGCGCAACAAACGUGACACUACCUGGUGCUGCACAACAAGUCACGCCUGUCCUAGACAUUGCGCGCGAAGAUCUCGUCUAUGAUGUCCGGUGGUCACCUGUCAAGCCUUCGGUCUUUGCUCUCGUCGACGGAGCAGGUAGUUUGGAAGUUUGGGACAUUAAUGUUGACGUUGAAGUCCCUGUGCAGUCUGUCAAGCCUAGCGAUGGCAAGAGGGGUGCAUUCACAAACAUGCCGACAGGCUUGGGCUACAUGAACCGAAGUCUCAACAAGCUAGCAUGGGAGAAGAACGAGGGCCGGAGGGUAGCCGUCGGUGGCAUGGAUGGCGUCGUCACCAUCUUCGAGGUGGGCGAUGAUCUGGGAGGCGUACAGACACGAAGCGAGGAAUGGAGCGGCGUUAAGAGGCUGGUAAACCGCCUUGAGGGUCACGGUGACGGUGUCAACGGGAAAUAA